GAGACCCGGUAGUUAGGUAACUAAGAUGAUGGAUGCUCUGUCUGUGGUGACCCAGCUCCGGGACCUGGCGUCGGAGCCCCAGAAUCGGGAGGCAAUAGUCCAGGACCAGGGCUGCCUCCCCGGGCUGGUUCUCUUCCUGGACCACCAGGACCCGCAUGUGCUGUUCGCCACCUUGCAGGUCGGUCUAACCUGCUACUGUCCUCCGGAAGCCACAACAAGAAACAGACAAAACAGAUAUCCCAUAAAUCACUAUAUGACUAACAGGUUACAGCUGCAGAAGGAGCUGUAUUUUUAAAAACUUUAUAGUAUAGCUAGUUGGUAACUGUAGAGCUUUUCCCACAAGAACAAACAAACAAAAACACAACAGAACACAAGGCAGUUCCUUCUAAUAUCUCACGGGGGCCAUCCUUCCAAAUCUUGUCUCAUUGAGCAAAGGAAGCCUGGGUGUCCGAGGCUAAAUCUAACCAGACAACCAACAAUACACGUUCAAAAACAAUGAUAGUGACAUUCAAUAUCCCUCAAACUUGUGAACAGGAUGUAGUAGUGGCUCUUGCUGAUAUGUAACAUCUCUGUCUCACUCGCUCUCUCUCUCUCUCUCUCUCUCUCUCUCUCUCUCUCUCAGACUAUGCGCUACCUGGCAGAGUGGCCCCUCAACAUCCCCACUAUGAAGAAUGAACUGGGCAUGAUGGUCAGCUUGGAGACCCUGAUGGAGAGGUCAGUCAGUCAGACUCUCUCAGGUCCCUGUUUAACUGUGUUUGUGUGUGUAAAACUGUGUGUACCUAUGGCUUUGACAUCACAAUUGUGAAUUGCAACAAUGCAUCAAUCAACUGGACAUCAUGUGACCCGCAUGUGCCGUUGAGAUGGCGCCGGAGGGGAUGGCUGCUGUUUUUAUGGACCCCCCCCCCCCCCCCCCCCCCCCCCCCGCAUUGUUUAGAACUUAUUUUGUACAUAAUGUUGAUGCUACCGUCUCUUAUGACCGAAAAGAGCUUCUGGACAUCAGAACAGCGAUUACUCUCCUUGAACUGGACAAAUAAUUUUUUAUUUUAUGAGUCGGACGAGAGGGAUUUGCUCCAGACACCCGACAGGGCCCUCAUCCCCGUCAUUCGCAGUAGAAAGAAAAGGAGAUAUCGCGGAAGGAUAUCGGGGUGCUUGGUAAGGAGCCGGCGACGAGUGGCUAAUCUGCCUUUGCCAUCGAUACUAUUGGCUAAUUUACAAUCGCUUGAUAAUAAAAUGGACAAACUACAGGCACGAAUAUCCUACCAACGGGACAUUAAAAACUGUAAUAUCUUAUGUUUCACUGAGUCGUGGCUGAACGAUGACAUGAAUAACAUACAGCUGGCGGGUUAUACACUGUAUCGGCAGGAUAGAACGGCAGCCUCUGGUAAGACAAGGGGAGGCGGUCUAUGUAUAUUUGUAAACAACAGCUGGUGCACGAUGUGUAAGGAAGUCUCGAGGUUUUGCUCGCCUGAGUUAGAGUAUCUCAUGAUAAGCUGUAGACCCACUAUCUACCAAGAGAGUUUUCAUCUAUAUUUUUCGUAGCUGUCUAUUUACCACCACAAACCAAUGCUGGCACUAAGACCGCACUCAAUGAACUGUAUAGCCCCCCAUGUAGCUCAGUUGGUAGAGCAUGGCGUUUGCAACGCCAGGGUUGUGGGUUCGAUUCCCACGGGGGGCCAGUAUGAAAAUGUAUGCACUCACUAACUGUAAGUCGCUCUGGAUAAGAGUGUCUGCUAAAUGACUAAAAUGUAUACGGCCAUAAGCAAACAAGAAAAUGCUCAUCCAGAGGCGGCGCUCCUAGUGGCCGGGGACUUUAAUGCAGGGAAACUUAAAUCCGUUUUACCUCAUUUCUACCAGCAUGUUAAAUGUGCAACCAGAGGGAAAAAACUCUAGACCACCUUUACUCCACACACAGAGACGCAUACAAAGCUCUCCCUCACCCUCCAAUUGGAAAAUCUGACCAUUAUUCUAUACUCAUGAUUCCUGCUUAUAAGCAAAAACUAAAGCAGGAAGCACCAGUGACUCGGUUAAUAAAAAAGUGGUCAGAUGACGCAGAUGCUAAGCUACAGGACUGUUUUGCUGCACAGACUGGAAUAUGUUCCGGGAUUCUUCAGACAGCAUUGAGGAGUACACCACAUCAGUCACUGGCUUCAUCAAUAAGUGCAUCGAUGAUGUCGUCCCCACAGUGACCGUACGUACAUACCCCAACCAGAAGCCAUGGAUUACAGGAAACAUCCGCACUGAGCUAAAGGGUAGAGCUGCCGCUUUCAAGGAACGGGACUCUAACCCGGAAGCUUAUAAGAAAUCCCGCUAUGCCCUCAGAUGAACCAUCAAACAGGCAAAGCGUCAAUACAGGACUAAGAUUGAAUCGUACUACACCGGCUCCGACGCUCGUCAGAUGUGGCAGGGCUUGCAAACUAUUACAGACUACAAAGGGAAGCAGAGCUGCCCAGUGAUACGAGCCUACCAGACCAGCUAAAUUACUUCUAUGCUCGCUUCGAGGCAAGUAACACUGAAGCAUGCACGAGAGCACCAGCUGUUCCGGACGACUGUGUGAACACGCUCUCCGUAGCCGAUGUGAGUAAGACCUUUAAACAGGUCAACAUUCACAAGGCCGCAGGGCCAGACGGAUUACCAGGACGUGUACUCCGAGCAUGUGCUGACCAACUGGCAAGUGUCUUCACUGACAUUUUCAACCUGUCUGUAAUACCAACAGACCACCACAGUCCCUGUGCCCAAGAACACUAAGGUAACCUGUCUAAAUGACUACCGACCCGUAGCACUUAUGUCUGUAGCCAUGAAGUGCUUUGAAAGACUGGUCAAGGCUCACAUCAACACCAUUAUCCCAGAAACCGUAGACCCACUCCAAUUUGCAUAUGGCCCCAACAGAUCCACAGAUGAUGCAAUCUCUAUUGCGCUCCACACUGCCCUUUCACACCUGGACAAAAGUUAACCUAUGUGAGAAUGCUAUUCAUUGACUACAGCUCAGCGUUCAACACCAUAGUGCCCUCAAAGCGCUUCACUAAGCUAAGGACCCUGGGACUAAACACCUCCCUCUGCAACUGGAUCCUGGACUUCCUGACGGGACGCCCCCAGGUGGUAAGGGUAGGUAACAACACAUCUGCCACGCUGAUCCUCAACACGGGGGCCCCUCAGGGGUGGGUGCUCAGUCCCCUCCUGUACUCCCUGUUCACUCAUGACUGCAUGGCCAGGCACGACUCUGACACCAUCAUUAAGUUUGCAGAUGACACAACAGUGGUAGGCCUGAUCACCGACAAGGACGAGACAGCCUAUAGGGAGGAGGUCAGAGACCUGGCUGUGUGGUGCCAGGAUAACAACCUUUCCCUCAACGUGAGCAAGACAAAGGAGAUGAUUGUGGGCUACAGGAAAAAGAAGAGGACCGAGCACGUCCCCACUCUCAUUGACGGGGCUGUAGUGGAGCAGGUUGAAAGCUUCAAGUUCCUUGGUGUCCACAUCACCAACAAACUAACAUGGUCAAAGCACACCAAGACAGUCGUGAAGAGGGCACGACAAAACCUAUUCCCCUAAGGAGACUGAAAAGAUUUGGCAUGGGUCCUCAGAUCCUCAAAAAGUUAUACAGCUGCACCAUCUAUAGCAUCCUGACUGGUUGCAUCACUGCCUGGUAUGGCAACUGCUCGGCCUCCGACCGCAAGGCACUACACAAGGUAGUGCGUAAGGCCCAGUACAUCACUGGGGCCAAGCUUCCUGUCAUCCAGGACCUCUAUACCAGGCGGUGUCAGAGGAAGGCCCUAAAAAUUGUCAGACUCCAGCCACCCUAGUCAUAGUCUGUUCUCUCUGCUACCGCACGGCAAGCGGUACCGGAGCGCCAAUCUAUUAAGAGCUCUAACCUCUGCUAUUCCUGACUCUAUAAAGGCUACCCACUAUUCAUGCCCCCCACCCGCUCUACCUGUAUACUCUCUUCUGUUAUCUACAUGUUAGUCCUGUACAGUAACUCACACUGUAACAUAGCCUUGACUAACCUUCUACUACACAUUGACUCUGUACCGGUACCCCCCUGUAUAUAGCCUCCCUACUGUUAUUUCCCAUUGACUCUGUACCGGUACCACCCCCUGUAUAUAGCCUCUCUACUGUUAUUACACAUUGACUCGUACCGGUACCCCCCCUGUAUAUAGCCUCCCUACUGUUAUUUACACAUUGACUCUGUACCGGUACCCCCUGUAUAUAGCCUCCCUACUGUUAUUCCCAUUGACUCUGUACCGGUACCCCCUGUAUAUAGCCUCCCUACUGUUAUUACACAUUGACUCUGUACCGGUACCCCCUGUAUAUAGCCUCCCUACUGUUAUUACACAUUGACUCUGUACCGGUACCCCCUGUAUAUAGCCUCCCUACUGUUUCCAUUGACUCUGUACCGGUACCCCUGUAUAGCCUCCCUACUGUUAUUACACAUUGACUCUGUACCGGUACCCCCCCUGUAUAUAGCCUCCCUACUGUUAUUACACAUUGACUCUGUACCGGUACCCCCUGUAUAUAGCCUCCCUACUGUUAUUUCCAUUGACUCUGUACCGGUACCCCCUGUAUAUAGCCUCCCUACUGUUAUUACACAUUGACUCUGUACCGGUACCCCCCCUGUAUAUAGCCUCCCUACUGUUAUUUCCCAUUGACUCUGUACCGGUACCCCCUGUAUAUAGCCUCCCUACUGUUAUUUCCCAUUGACUCUGUACCGGUACCCCCUGUAUAUAGCCUCCCUACUGUUAUUCCCAUUGACUCUGUACCGGUACCCCCUCCCGCCCUGUAUAUAGCCUCCCUACUGUUAUUUCCCAUUGACUCUGUACCGGUACCCCCUGUAUAUAGCCUCCCUACUGUUAUUUCCCAUUGACUCUGUACCGGUACCCCCUGUAUAUAGCCUCCCUACUGUUAUUACACAUUGACUCUGUACCGGUACCCCCUGUAUAUAGCCUCCCUACUGUUAUUUUUACUGCUGCUCUUUAAUUAUUUGUUACUUUUGGUCCUCUGUAGCUCAGCUGGUAGAGCACGGCGCUUGUAACGCCAAGGUAGUGGGUUCGAUCCCCGGGACCACCCAUACACAAAAAUGUAUGCACGCAUGACUAAGUCGCUUUGGAUAAAAGCGUCUGCUAAAUAGCAUAUUAUUAUUAUUAUUAUCAUUAUUUUAUUUCGUAUUUAUUUUAUAUUGUAUUUUUUGUGUGUUUUAAAAAUAAUAAUAAUUUGGUAUUCUUUCUUAAAACUGCAUUGUUGGUUAAGGGCUGUAAGUAAGCAUUUCACUGUAAGGUCUACACCUGUUGUAUUCGGCGCAUGUGACAAAUACAAUUUGAAUUGAUUUGAAAUGAAUGUUUUCAAUGAAUCCUACUCCUUUCUUGGGCCUGGCUCCACCCACUGGACUGUCUCCACCCACUGGACUGUCUCCACCCACUGGACUGUAUCCACCCACUGGACUGUAUCCACUCACACAUACUUACUGACACCACAACACACACAAACACUACAUACACUCACACUCACAGCAUGCGCAGACAACACACGCUGCUGCUACUGUCUAUCUAUCCUGUUGCCUAGUAACUUUACCCCUACCUAUAUGUACAUAGCUACCUCAAUUACAUUUACAUUACAUUUACAUUUACGUCAUUUAGCAGACGCUCUUAUCCAGAGUGACUUACAAAUUGGUGCAUUCACCUUAUAGCCAGUGGGAUAACCACUUUACAAUAUGUUUUUUUUUAUUUCUUUGGGGUGGGGUAAGGGGGGAUAGAAGGAUUACUUUAUCCUAUCCUAGGUAUUCCUUAAAGAGGUGGUGUUUCAAUUACCUCGUACCCCUGCACAUCGACUCAGUACUGGUACCCCCUGAAUAUAACCAUGUUAUUACCUGGUACUUCCUGUAUAUAGCCAUGUUAUUACCUGGUACUCCCUGUAUAUAGCCAUAUUUUUACCUGGUACUUCCUGUAUAUAGCCAUGUUAUUACCUGGUACUCCCUGUAUAUGGCCAUGUUAUUACCUGGUACUUCCUGUAUAUAGCCAUGUUAUUACCUGGUACUUCCUGUAUAUAGCCAUGUUAUUACCUGGUACUUCCUGUAUAUAGCCAUGUUAUUACCUGGUACUUCCUGUAUAUAGCCAUGUUAUUACCUGGUACUUCCUGUAUAUAGCCAUGUUAUUACCUGGUACUUCCUGUAUAUAGCCAUGUUAUUACCUGGUACUUCCUGUAUAUAGCCAUGUUAUUACCUGGUACUCAUUCCUUGUCGCUAUUUACAUUUAAAAAAAAAUAUUUAUUUGGAAAAGGACCUGUAAGUCAGCAUUUCACUGUUAGUCUACACCUGUUGUUUAUGAAGCAUGUGACAAAUACAAUUUGAUAAGAAUUUGAUUUGAUUUGUAGGCGUGGUUUGUCUGACAUCCUGUUUCUUGUAGGAGUGGUUUGCCUGAUGACAUCAACGUCCUGUCGAGGGAGGUGUACGGUAUCCUGAGUGCCCCCCCUACCCCAGCCCCCCCCAGCCCAGAGAGAGAGAGGAGGAGGAACAAACCUCAGUUCUUCCUCAACUCCUCCAAAGGGAAGAACAAGUCUGUCACUCUGCACAUCCAAGGCCUGGACAGCACUGUGAGUGUAUAUACCAACCUCGGUCUACUCUAUAUACAGUAACCACGCAAAAGGUUGGACACACCUACUCAUUCAAGGGCUUUUCUUUAUUUUUACUAUUUUUAACAUUGUAAAAUAAUAGUGAAGACAUCAAAACUAUGAAAUAGUGUUAAACAAAUUUAAAAUAUAUUUUAUAUUUGAGAUUCUUCAAAUAGCCACUCUUUGCCUUGAUGACAGCUUUGCAUUCUCUUAACCAGAUUCAUGAGAUACAGUUGAAGUCGGAAGUUUACAUACACUUAGGUUGGAGUAAUUAAAACUAGUUUUUCAACCACUCCACAAAUUUCUUGUUGACAAACUAUAGUUUUGGCAAGUCGGUUAGGACAUCUACUUUGUGCAUGACACAAGUAAUUUUUCCAACAAUUGUUUACAGACAGAAUAUUUCAUUUAUAAUUCACUGUAUCACAAUUCCAGUGGGUCAGAAGUUUACAUACACUAAGUUGACUGUGCCUUUAAACAGCUUGGAAAAUUCCAGAAAAUGAUGUCAUGGCUUUAGAAGCUUCUGAUAGGCUAAUUGACAUCAUUUGAGUCAAUUGGAGGUGUACCUGUGGAUGUAUUUCAAGGCCUACCUUCAAACUCAGUGCCUCUUUGCUUGACAUCAUCAUGGGAAAAUCAAAAGAAAUCAGCCAAAAAUUGUAGACCUCCCCAAGUCUGGUUCAUCCUUGGGAGCAAUUUCCAAACACCUGAAGGUACCACGUUCAUCUGUACAAAUAAUAGUACGCAAGUAUAAACACCAUGGGACCACGCAGCCGUCAUACCGCUCAGGAAGGAGACGCAUUCUGUCUCCCAGAGAUGAACGUACUUUGGUGCGAAAAGUGCAAAUCAAUCCCAGAACCACAGCAAAGGACCUUGUGAAGAUGCUGGAGGAAACCGGUACAAAAGCAUCUAUAUCCACAGUAAAACAAGUCCUAUAUCGACAUAACCUGAAAGGCCGCUCAGCAAGGAAGAAGCCACAGCUCCAAAACCGCCAUUAAAAAGCCACACUACGGUUUGCAACUGCACAUGAGGACAAAGAUCUUACUUUUUGGAGAAAUGUCCUCUGGUCUGAUGAAACAAAAAUAGAACUGUUUGGCCAUAAUGACCAUCGUUAUGUUUGGGGGAAGAACACCAUCCCAACCGUGAAGCACUGGGGUGGCAGCAUCAUGCUGUGGGGGUGCUUUGCUGCAGGAGGGACUGGUGCACUUCACAAAAUAGAUGGCAUCAUGAGGAAGGAAAAUUAUGUGGAUAUAUUGAAGCAACAUCUCAAGACAUCAGUCAGGAAGUUAAAGCUUGGUCGCAAAUGGGUCUUCCAAAUGGACAAUGACCCCAAGCAUACUUCCAAAGUUGUGGCAAAAUGGCUUAGAACAACAAAGUCAAGGUAUUGGAGUGGCCAUCACAAAGCCCUGACCUCAAUCCUAUAGAACAUUUGUGGGCAGAACUGAAAAAGCGUGUGUGAGCAAGGAGGCCUACAAACCUGACUCGGUUACACCAGCUCUGUCAGGAGGAAUGGGCCAAAAUUCACCCAACUUAUUGUGGGAAGCUUGUGGCAGGCUACCCGAAACGUUUGACCCAAGUUAAACAAUUUAAAGGCAAUGCUACCAAAUACUAAUUGAGUGUAUGUAAACUUCUGACCCACUGGGAAUGUGAUGAAAUAAAUAAAAGCUGAAAUAAAUCAUUCUCUCUACUAUUAUUCUGACAUUUUACAUUCUUAAAAUAAAGUGGUGAUCCUAACUGACCUAAGACAGGGAAUUUUUACUAGGAUUAAAUGUCAGGAAUUUUGAAAAACUGAGUUUAAAUGUAUUUGGCUAAGGUGUAUGUCAACUUCCGACUUCAACUGUAGUCACCUGGAAUGCAUUUUAAUUAACAGGUGUGCCUUCUUAAAAGUUUAUUUGUGGAAUUUCUUUCCUUAAUGCGUUUGAGCCAAUCAGUUGUGUUGUGACAAGGUAGGGAUGGUAUACAUAAGAUAGCCCUAUUUGGUAAAAGACCAAGUCCAUAUUAUGGCAAGAACAGCUCAAAUAAGCAAAGAGAAAUGACAGUCCAUCAUUACUUUAAGACAUGAAGGUCAGUCACUACUGAACAUUUCAAGAACUUUUGAAAGUUACUUCAAGUGCAGUCGCAAAAACCAUCAAGCGCUAUGAUGAAACUGGCUCUCAUGAGGACCGCCACAGGAAAGGAAGACCCAGAGUUACCUCUGCUGCAGAGGAUAAGUUCAUUAGAGUUACCAGCCUCAGAAAUUGCAGCCCAAAUAAAUGCUUCACAGAGUUGAAGUAAAUCUCAACAACUGUUCAGAGGGGACUGUGUGAAUCAGGCCUUCAUGGUCGAAUUGCUGCAAAGAAACCACUACUAAAGGACACCAAUAAGAAGCAUAGAAUUUCUUGGGCCAAGAAACACGAGCAAUGGACAUUAGACCGGUGGAAAUGAGACUUUUGGUUCCACCUGCUGUGUCUUUGUGAGACACGGUGUGGGUGAACGGAUGAUCUCUGCAUGUGUAGUUCCCACCGUAAAGCAUGGAGGAGGAGGAGGUGUGAUGGUGUGGGGGUGUUUUGCUGGUGACACUGUCUGUGAUUUAUUUAGAAUUCAAGGCACACUUAACCACAGCAUUCUGCAGUGAUAUGCCAUCCCAUCUGGUUUGAGCUUAGUGGGACUAUCACUUGUUUUUCAACAGGACAAUGACCCAAAACACACCUCCAGGCUGUGUAAUGGCUAUUUGACCAAGAAGGAGAGUGAUGGAGUGCUGCAUCAGAUGAUCUGGCCUCCACAAUCACCCGACCUCAACCCAAUUGAGAUGGUUUGGGAUGAGUCGGACCGCAGAGUGAAGGAAAAGCAGCCAACAAGUGCUCAGCAUAUGUGGGAACUCCUUCAGGACCGUUGGAAAAGCAUUCCUCAUGAAGCUGGUUGAGAGAAUGCCAAGAGUGUGCAAAGCUGUCAUCAAGGCAAAGGGUGGCUACUUUGAAGAAUCUCAAAUAUAAAAUAUAUUUUGAUGUUUAACACUUUCUUGGUUACUACAUGAUUCCAUAUGUUUUAUUUCAUAGUUUUGAUGUCUUCACUAUUAUUCUACAAUGUAGAAAAUAGUAAAAAUAAAGAAAAACCCUUGAAUGAGUAGGUGUGUCCAAACCUUUUGACUGGACACACAGCUCACAGCUCUACAUACAUAGCCUCAGAAGCCAGGCUUAAGUCACGAAAGCAGAAAGAUGCUUAAAAAGGGGUGGUGUGGUGGAGUCUAGAUACAAACUAGUGACGCGUUGCUGCUCAAACCAAUGAAAUGGGGACAGUUGGCUGGCUAGUGAUUGAUAACUGUUUCCUACUAUAGACAGUUGGCUGCCUGGUGAUUGAUAACAACUCUGUUUCCUACUAUAGACAGUUGGCUGCCUAGUGAUUGAUAACAACUCUGUUUCCUACUAUAGACAGUUGGCUGCCUAGUGAUUGAUAACAACUCUGUUUCCUACUAUAGACAGUUGGUUGCCUGGUGAUUGAUAACUGUUUCCUACUAUAGACAGUUGGCUGUCUAGUGAUUGAUAACAACUCUGUUUCCUACUAUAGACAGUUGGCUGCCUGGUGAUUGAUAACAACUCUGUUUCCUACUAUAGACAGUUGGCUGCCUGGUGAUUGAUAACAACUCUGUUUCCUACUAUAGACAGUUGGCUGCCUAGUGAUUGAUAACAACUCUGUUUCCUACUAUAGACAGUUGGCUGCCUAGUGAUUGAUAACAACUCUGUUUCCUACUAUAGACAGUUGGCUGCCUAGUGAUUGAUAACAACUCUGUUUCCUACUAUAGACAGUUGGCUGCCUAGUGAUUGAUAACUGUUUCCUACUAUAGACAGUUGGCUGCCUAGUGAUUGAUAACAACUCUGUUUCCUACUAUAGACAGUUGGCUGCCUAGUGAUUGAUAACAACUCUGUUUCCUACUAUAGACAGUUGGCUGCCUAGUGAUUGAUAACAACUCUGUUUCCUACUAUAGACAGUUGGCUGGCUAGUGAUUGAUAACAACUCUGUUUCCUACUAUAGACAGUUGGCUGCCUAGUGAUUGAUAACAACUCUGUUUCCUACUAUAGACAGUUGGCUGCCUGGUGAUUGAUAACAACUCUGUUUCCUACUAUAGGCAGUUGGCUGCCUAGUGAUUGAUAACAUUGUUAACUCUCAGAUGUGAAUAGUUGGCAACAUAUUUUUUUCUCCAAGUGCUACUGAAUUAGCUCAACUGAAAUUCCCCCGAUUGCUCAUGAUACACAUAAUUACUCUACUCUAUCCAUCCAUUCCAAAUCAUUAUACUAUACAUGACACAGGGGCGGAAUAUGUUGAUCAUGCCUUGGGCGGCAGCAGAACUGCUAGGGCCUGACCAACAUAAUCAUUUGCCUCUAAUUUACUUGCGUUUGUGGCGGACCUUGGCCUGCUCAAAGUGAGCCGCUGCUGCUGGGAGGUCAAAACGGACCAACUCCCUGGAGCAGCUUGAUGCACAUCAGCCUGCUUACUUUGUCCUCCAGAAGGAGCGAUCUGGAGGCCGGCUUUACUCUGUUUUAGAAAAAGAAACGCCUCUCGGCGGGCAUACUGGAAACGGAGAUAAUCAACAGUCUUUGCCAGUUUUGUCCAAUCAGGGUACACUUAGCUGAAGUCCCUAAUGAGGACCUCACGUCUUUUGUCCAAUCAGGGUACACUUAGCUGAAGUCCCUAAUGAGGACCUCACGUCUUUUGUCCAAUCAGGGUACACUUAGCUGAAGUCCCUAAUGAGGACCUCACAUCUUUUGUCCAAUCAGGGUACACUUAGCUGAAGUCCCUAAUGAGGACCUCACGUCUUUUGUCCAAUCAGGGGACACUUAGCUGAAGUCUAGAAACUCACCCAACUCUCUGCAUAGUCACUUUACCCCUACCUACAUGACCUCCACUAACCUGUACCCCCUGUAUAUAGCCUCGUUAUUGUUAUUUUAUUGUUACUUUUUUAUUUAAUUUUUUACUUUAGUUUAUUUAGUAAAUAUUUUCUUAACUCUUUCUUGAACUGCAUUGUUGGUUAAGGGCUUGUAAGUAAGCAUUUCACGGUGAGGUCUACACCUGUUGUAUUCGGUGCAUUUGAUUUGAACACUAAUUUCAAAGCAGCUUGAGGAUUUAUUAGCCUAUGAUUUAAUCAAAAGAAUAAUUUUUUGUUCUCCCAGACAAUUUGGCGGCAACAAUUUUAUUGAUGGGAUUUUAAUUUAGUUUAUCGGCUAAAAGCCGGCAUUUACCGGCUAACGGAAACCCUGCUGUAUACUAACGGACUGUGUGUGUUGUGUCCAGGACCAGCGAGGUAUGUGUGAGGAGGCUCUACUGAAGGUUAAAGGGGUGAUCAGCUUCACCUUCCAGAUGGCUUCUAAGAGAUGCACCGUCCGCAUCCGCUCUGACCUGCCCACUGAGGUAGCUAACUCUCUAGCUCUCCAUCUGUCUCUCUAGCUCUCCAUCUGUCUCUCUAGCUCUCCAUCUGUCUCUCAUCUGUCUCUCUAGCUCUCCAUCUGUCUCUCUAGCUCUCCAUCUAUCUCUCUAGCUCUCCAUCUGUCUCUCUAGCUCUCCAUCUGUCUCUCUAGCUCUCCAUCUAUCUCUCUAGCUCUCCAUCUGUCUCUCUAGCUCUCCAUCUAUCUCUCUAGCUCUCCAUCUGUCUCUCUAGCUCUCCAUCUGUCUCUCUAGCUCUCCAUCUGUCUCUCUAGCUCUCCAUCUGUCUCUCUAGCUCUCCAUCUGUCUCUCUAGCUCUCCAUCUAUCUCUCUAGCUCUCCAUCUGUCUCUCUAGCUCUCCAUCUGUCUCUCUAGCUCUCCUGCUGUCUCUCUAGCUCUCCUGCUGUCUCUCUAGCUCUCCUGCUGUCUCUCUAGCUCUCCUGCUGUCUCUCUAGCUCUCCACCUGUCUCUCUAGCUCUCCACCUGUCGCUCUAGCUCUCCAUCUGUCUCUUUAGCUCUCCAUCUAGCUCUCCUGCUGUCUCUCUAGCUCUCCUGCUGUCUCUCUAGCUCUCCAUCUGUCUCUCUAGCUCUCCAUCUGUCUCUCUAGCUCUCCUGCUGUCUCUCUAGCUCUCCUGCUGUCUCUCAUCUGUCUCUCUAGCUCUCCAUCUGUCUCUCUAGCUCUCCAUCUGUCUCUCUAGCUCUCCCUCUGUCUCUCUAGCUCUCCCUCUGUCUCUCUAGCUCUCCCUCUGUCUCUCUAGCUCUCCAUCUGUCUCUCUAGCUCUCCAUCUGUCUCUCUAGCUCUCCAUCUAUCUCUCUAGCUCUCCAUCUGUCUCUCUAGCUCUCCAUCUUUCUCUCUAGCUCUCCAUCUGUCUCUCUAGCUCUCCUGCUGUCUCUAGCUCUCCAUCUGUCUCUCUAGCUCUCCUGCUGUCUCUUUCACACCACCUGCUAAGAUCUACCACAGAGCCCAGGACCUUUCCUCGUAGCCUCCAAUCGUGUGAGCUUAAAUUUUUUUUUACCCCCAAAGGCUUUUAAAACCUCCCUUUUUUUCCCCCCCCCCCUUUUUUUUCUCUUCCCCCCCCCUCCCAUCUUUUUUCCCCCCCCCCCCUUUUUUUUUUUUUUUUUUUUCCCCCCCCCUUUUUUUUUUUCUAUCUUCCCCCCCCCCCCCCUUUUUUGCCCCCCCCCUUUUUUUUUUAAAAAAAAAAUUUUUCCCCCCUUCCCCCCCUUUUUUUCCCCCCCCCCCCCCUUCUUCCCCUUUUUUUCCCCCCCUUUUUCUUCCCUUCCCUCUGGUUUUUUUUCCCCCCCCCGUCUCUCUAGGUUUUUUCCCCGUUUUUCCCCCCCUCCCUUUUUUUUCCCCCCCCCAAAAACCCCAAACCUUUUUUCCCCCCCCCCCGGCCCCCCCUUUUGUUUUUCCCCUUUUUGCUUCUUUUUUCCCCCCCCACCCCCCUUUUUUCCCCCCCCCUUUCUCCUUCCCCUUCCCCCCCCCCUUUUUUCCCCCUUUCUUUCCCCCUUUAAAACCCCCUUUUUUUCCCCCCUUUUUUCCCUUUUUCUCCUUUCUUUCCCCCUUUUUUUCCCCUUUCCCCUUUUUUCCCCGUUUUUUUCCCCCCCCCCCCGGUUUUUUUUCCUUUCCCCUUUUUUCUCCAUUGGCCCCCCCCCCCAAACCCCCCCCCCCCUUUUUUUUUUUUUUUCUCUCCACUUCCUUUUUUUUCUCCCCUCCCACCCCCCCCCCCUUUUUCCCCCCCUUUUUCCCAAAAACCCCCCCUUUUCCCUUUUUUUUUUUUUUCCCCCCCUUUUCUUUGGGGCCCCCCCCCCCCCCGCCCAAAACCCCGGGGGGGGGUUUUUUUUUUGGGGGAAAAAAACCCCCCCCAAAAAAAGGGGGGGGCCCCCCCGGGGGCCCCCCCCCUUUUUUCCCCCCUUUUUCCCCCCCCCCUUUUUCCCCCCCCCCGGGGGGGCCCCCCCCCCCUCCCCCCCCCCCCCCCCCCCCCCUUUUUUUUCCCCCCCCCCCCCCCCCCCCCCCCCCCCCCCCGGCCCCCCCCCCCCCCCCCCCCCCCCCCCCCCGGGGGGGCCCCCCCCCCCCCCCCCCCCCCCGCCCCCCCCCCCCCCCCCCCCCCCCCCCCCCCCCCCCCCCCCCCCCCCCCCCCCCCCCCCCCCCCCCCCCCGGCCCCCCCCCGCCCGGGCCCCCCCCCCCGGCCCCCCCCCCCCCCCCCCCCCCCCCCCCCCCCCCCCCCCCCCCCCCCCCCCCCCUUUCCCCCCCCCCCCCCCUUUCCCCCCCAAAAAAAAAAACCCCCCCGCCUGUUCCCCCCCCCCCCCCCCUUUUCCCCCCCCCUUUCCCCCCCCCUUUUUUUUCCCCCCCCCCCCCCUUUCCCCCCCUUUUUUCCCCCCCCCCCCCCUUUCCCCCCCCUUUUUUUCCCCCCCCCCCCCCCCCCCCCUCCCCUCCUCCCCCCCACCCCCCCCCCUCCCCUUUUUUUCCCCCCCCCCCCCCUCCGCCUUUCCCCCCCCCCCCUUUCCCCCCCCGGCCCCCCCACCCAACCCCCCCCCCCCUUUUCCCCCCCCCCCAAAAAAACCCCCCCCCCCCCCCCCCCCCCCCCCCCCGCCCCCCCUUUUCCCCCGGGGUUUUUCCCCCCCCCCCCCCCCCCCGGAACCGGGCCCCCCCGUUUUUUCCCCCCCCCCCCUUUCCCUUUUUUUUUCCUUCCCCCCCCCCCCUUUCCCCCCCCGCCCUCCCCCCCUUUCCCCCCCCCCCUUGGGGCCCCCCCCCCCCCCCCCCGGCCCCCCCCCUCACCCCCCCCCCCCCCCUUUCCCCCCCCCCUCCCCCCCCCCCCCCUCCCCCCCUUUCCCCCCCCCCUUUUUCCCCCCCCCCCCCCCCCCCCCCCCCUUUUUUUUUCCCCCCCCCCCCCUUUUUCCCCCCCCCCCCCCCCCUUUUCCCCCCCCCCCCCCCCCCCCCCCCCCCCCCCCCCCCCCCCUUCCCCCCCCCCCCCUUCCCCCCCCCCCCCCCCCCCCCCACCCCCCCUCCCCCCCCCCCCCUUCCCCCCCCCCCCCCUUUUUCCCCCCCCCCCCCCCCCCCCCCCCUCCCCCCCGGGGGCCCCCCCCCCCCCCCCCUCCCCCUUUUUCCCCCCCCCCCCCCCCCCCCCCGGCCCCCCCCCCGCCCCCCCCCCCCCUUCCCCCCAAAAUUUUUCCCCACCCCUUUUUUUCCCCCCCCCCCCCUUUCCCCCCCCCCCCCCCCCCCCCCCCCCCAACCCCCCUCGGGCCCCCCCUUGGGCCCCCCCGCCCCCCCCCGGGCCCCCCCCCCCCUCCCCCCCCCCCCCCCGGGGGCCCCCCCCCCCCCCCCCCCCCCCGGGCCCCCCCCCCCCCCCCCCCGGCCCCCCCCCCCAACCCCCCCCAAACCCCCCCCCCCCCCCCCCCCCCCCCCCCCCCCCGGGGCCCCCCCCCCCGGGGGAAAACCCCCCCCCCCCCCCCCCCCCCGGGGGCCCCCCCCCCCCCCCGGGCCCCCGGGCCCCCCCCAAAAAAAAAGAGGGAAACCCCCAAAAAAAAAACCCCCCCCCCCAAAAAACCCCCCGGAAAGGGGCCCCCCCAAAAAAAAAAGGAAAAAAAAAAAAUUUUUGGGGGGGGCGGAAAAAAAAACCCCCCCCCCAAAAAAGGAAAAACCCCCCCGGGGGGGGAAAAAAAAAAAAAAAAAAAAAAAAAAAAAAAAAAAGGGGGGGGGGGAAAAAAAACGAAACCCCCAAAAAAAAAAAAAGGGGGGGGGGGGGGAAAAAAAAAAAGGGAAAAAAAAAGGGGGGGGGAAAACCCCCAAAAAAAAAAAAACCCCCCGGGGAAAAGGGCCGGGGGGGGAAAAAGGAAAAAAACCCCCCCCCCGGGGGGGGGGGGGAAAAAAAAAAAAGGGGGGAAAAAAAAUUUAAAAAAAAAAAAGGGGGGAAAAAAAAAAAAACCCCCCAAAAAAAAAAGAAAAAAAAAAGGGGGAAAAAAAAAAAAAAAAAAAAAGGGGGGGGGGGGGGGGGGGGGGGGGGGGGGAAAAAAAAGGGGCCCCCCCCCCCAAAAAAAAAAAAAAAAAAAAAAAAAAACCCCCCCCCCCCGGGGGCCCCGGGGGGCCCCCCCCCCCCCCCCGGGGGGGGGCCCCCAAAAAAAAACCCCCCAAAAAAAAAAAAAAAAAAAGGGGAAAAAAGGGGGCCCCCCCCCGGGGGGGGGGAAAAAAAAAAAAAAAAAAAAAAAACCCCCCCCCCCCCUCCCCCUCCGGGGGGCCCCCCCCCCUUUUACCCCUUUUUUCCCAAAAACCCCCCCCCCCCCCGGAACCUUUCCCAAAACCCCCCCGGGCCCCCCCCCCCCCGGGGGGCCCCCCUCCCUUAACCCCCCCGGGGGGGCCCCCCCCCUCCAAAAAAAAAAGGCCCCCCCCCCCCCCCCCCCCCCCCCCCCUUUCCCCCCCCUUUCCCCCCCCAAACCCCCCCCCCUUCCCUUUCCCCCCCCCCGGGGGGUUUUUUGGGGUUGGGGGGCCCCCCCCCCCCUUUUGGGGGGUCCCAAAAACCCCCCCCCCCCCCCCCCCCGGGGGCCCCCCCCCCUUCUUUCCCCCCCCUUUCCCCCCCCCCCCCCUUUUUCCCCCCCCCUUUUUCCCACCCCCCCCCAAAAAUUUCCUUUUUUUCCCCCUUUUUCCCCUUUUCCCCCCCCCCGGGGGGCCCCCAAAAUUUCCCCCCCCCCCCUCAGGAAAAAAUUUUUUUUCCCCCCCCCCGGGGAAAUUGGCCCCUUUAAACCCCCCCCAAAAAAUUUUUUUGGGGGGGGAAAAACCCCCCCCCCUUUUAAAAAAAAAAUUUUUUGGGGAAAAAAAAACCCCCCAAAAAAAUCCCCAAAAAAAUUUUUUUUUUUUCCCCCCCCCCGAUAAAGGGUUUUUCCCCCCCUUUCCCCCCAAAAAUUUUUUUUUAAUUUUUUGGGGGCCCCCCCAAAAAGGGGGGGCCCCCCCCCCGGGGGGGGGAUUGGCCCCCCCCCCCCCCAAAAAACCCCCUUUGGGGGCCCCCUCCGGGGGGGGGGUUCCCCCCGCCCCCCCCACCCAAAAAGGGGCCCCCUUUAAAACCCCCCAAAAAAAACCCCCCCCCCCCCCCCUUUUUUUAAAAAGGGGGAAAAAAACCCCCUUUUUUCCUUGGGGGGGGGCCCCCCCAAAAAAAAUUUUCCCCCAAAAAAACCCCCCCUUUUUCCCCCGGCACUUUUCCCCCCAACCCCCCCACCCCUUUUUUUUACGGAAAGGGGCCCCCCCCACCAACCUUUUUAAAAAAGGGGCCCUUUCCCCCCCCCUUUUUUGGGGGGGGCCCCCCCCCCCCAAAAAAAAAAAAAACCCCCCAAAAAACAAAAAAUUUUUUUGGUUUAAAAAAAAUUUUUUAAAACCGGGGAAAAGGGAAAAAACCCAAAAAAACCCCUUGGGGGUUUUUUAAAAAAACCCCCCCCCCCGGUGACGGGAGAGUCCGAAGGAGACGGACCGUGCCGUGUCCCGGACCGCAGCCAAGGGCGACACCUCUGGCAGCUGGCUUGGCUCAGCAGCCUCUUUCCUCACCAGAUCCUUCUACUGGUGAACCUGGGGUCCUUUCCUCACCAGAUCCUUCUACUGGUGAACCUGGGGUCCUUUGAUCACCAGAUCCUUCUACUGGUGAACCUGGGGUCCUCAGGAGCUGGCAGCCGAAGUGGACACUCCCCAUCAUGGAUUUAAAAGCAUAGGAUUGGAUUCCACUAUUGUUAAAUCCAUGAAGGAGGGUGUAAGUGCACAUUACAGGACCAGGGUAGAGAAACGGGACGUGACCAGUGGUGGAAAAAGUACCCAGUUGUCAUACUUGAUUAAAAGUAAAGAUACCUUAAUAGAAAAUGACUCAGGUAAAAGUCAUCCAGUAAAAAACUACUUGAGUAAAAGUCAAAGUAUUUGGUUUUAAAUAUACUUAAGUAUAAAUGAUUUAAAAUUCCUUAUACUAAGCAAAUCAGACAGCACCAUUUUGCUUUUUUAAUGUUUAUUUAUGGGUAGCCAGGGUCACUAGCCAGGGUCACUAGCCAGGGUCACACUCCAACACACAGACAUCAUUUACAGAUAGCCAGGGUCACUAGCCAGGGUCACACUCCAACACACAGACAUCAUUUACAGGUAGCCAGGGUCACUAGCCAGGGUCACACUCCAACACACAGACAUCAUUUACAGAUAGCCAGGGUCACACUCCAACACACAGACAUCAUUUACAGAUAGCCAGGGGCACACUCCAACACACAGACAUCAUUUACAGAUAGCCAGGGGCACACUCCAACACACAGACAUCAUUUACAGAUAGCCAGGGGCACACUCCAACACACAGACAUCAUUUACAGAUAGCCAGGGUCACACUCCAACACACAGACAUCAUUUACAGAUAGCCAGGGUCACACUCCAACACACAGACAUCAUUUACAGAUAGCCAGGGUCACACUCCAACACACAGACAUCAUUUACAGAUAGCCAGGGGCACACUCCAACACACAGACAUCAUUUACAGAUAGCCAGGGGCACACUCCAACACACAGACAUCAUUUACAGAUAGCCAGGGUCACACUCCAACACACAGACAUCAUUUACAGAUAGCCAGGGUCACACUCCAACACACAGACAUCAUUUACAGAUAGCCAGGGUCACACUCCAACACACAGACAUCAUUUACAGAUAGCCAGGGUCACUAGCCAGGGUCACACUCCAACACACAGACAUCAUUUACAGGUAGCCAGGGUCACUAGCCAGGGUCACACUCCAACACACAGACAUCAUUUACAGAUAGCCAGGGGCACACUCCAACACACAGACAUCAUUUACAAACCAAGCAUGUGUGUUUAGUGAUUCUGCCAGAUGAGGCAGUAGGGAUGACCAGGGAUGUUCUCUUGAAAAGUGUGUGAAUUGAACCAUUUUCCUGUCCUGCUAAUCAUUCAGAAUGUAAUGAGUACUUUUAGGUGCCAGGGAAAAUGUAUGGAGUAAAAAGUACGUUAUUUUCUUUAGGUAUGCAGUGAAGUAAAAGUUGACAAAUAUUAAUAGUAAAGUACAGAUACCCCAAAAAACUACUUUAAGUAAAAAAUACUUUAAAGUACUACUGAAGUAGUUUACACCACUGCCACCGACUAGGGUGACCACAUUUAAAAUACCCAAAUGCUGGACAAUGGGAUGAUUUUGUGGGACAUUGUAACCUACAUCAUCCCCUUCCUGUUUUUUUUUGGUAAAUUAGUGGUGUUUGAAUUUGUUAAUAAAAGGCCAAAAUGUGGGACUGUCCUGCCCAAUCCGGGACACAUGGUCACUCGACCAACAAAUAUGUCUUAAUGAGACAGUAGAACGCUGCCGUUGCCUGAGAAAGGGCUUCUCUGUUGAUUUUCUGUUGCAGCCCUGCUCACUGCUUUCAGGUAAUACAUUGGGAUGAAUGUGCGUGUUAUCCAACACUUCAAUCUGGUCUAUUUAUCCAUGUUGUUACCUGUUGUUGCUGUCGGAACUCUACGCCUGUUGAAAUGUUUGAUUUGUGUACUUCUAUGUUCUGGGGGAUUUACUACAAAGCAGGAUCAGUGAGGAAACUAAUUCGCCUAAAUAUUCUUAAUUUAUUUAUUGUUUUUUUGGAAAGAUAAGCUUGAAAUGGGCAUUGUCUGACUCAACAACUAAAAAACAAAUAUCUGAGUUUUCUUAAUGUCAAAAGCUGAAGAACAUAGGCCCAUCCAGGUAGAAGUUGAAUGCACCAAUUUGUAAGCCGCUCUGGAUAAGAGCGUCUGCUAAAUGACGUAAAUGUAUGUUUAGCAGGUGCUGGAGUUGGAAAACAGAAAGGAAACCCCUGACGCUGCUUCUCAUGCUCCCAGGUGAUCCACAUGGACGCCUGAUGAAGACCUAAAAAACACUUCUGUUUUUUAUUUCUACCUGGUAGUUAAUUGCACUCACCUGGUGUCCCAGGUCUGAAUUAGCCCCUGAUUAGAAGGAGAGGAUGAAAAACAGAGGUGUUUCGGCCCUCCAGGACUGGAAUUGAAGAACCCUGACCUAAGGGUUGAAACGUUAUAAUAAAAUCACCUGGGACCAGGAGCAGCGCUUUCCUUUUUAUUUUUCCAAGUUUUCUUAAUGAACCAAACAAUCUAGUUAUCAUUGAUCCUGUUUUGUGGUCCACAGUACCCCUCAGAUCUUUUGUCUUUUUAUAAUAUUUUAUUGAACUCGUUGCCCCUGAGGUGACCCUAAAACGCUUGUAAAAACUGCCUUCAAUAUGUUUGCUAAUUCUGAAAUAAAUGACCCCCCCCCCCCUAAAAAAAAAAAAAAUCAUGUAAACAAACCACAAUCUCCAAACAAACUCAAAUGAACAGAUGAGCAAAACAUUUCAUAUAUUAAAUACACAAAUCAGACUCCGUUAAUAGAGAAUAUUAGAAACGUUUGACAACUUUGUCCAAAUACAAAUAAUGCUUAUAAAACAGUCACCACUAAGGACUACACCAGACGGGUCUACUACAAAGCAGGGUCCAUGAGUUAGCCAGCUCGCUUGCCAAAAUAUUCUGAAAUUACUUUUUAGAAAGAUAAGUUUGAAAUGGGCAUGGAACCCUGAUGAAGCCAGUUUAGCGAUUGAAAGGUGUAAUCCAUUGUUGCAUCAGUCAGUGCAGCCAAACCAAUACCCUGAUCGGUAUGAUCAUUAUCCAGGCUUUACCAGUAGGUAGAAGUAUAUUUUAUCCUGUAGUCUAUCCACGGUUGCCCCUAGACGCUGAUCUGGGGUCAGAAAAGGCGAUCAGAGAUCUAGGUAAACAUCUAAGUGUGUAUGUUGUCCCCCACCUGUCCGCUCGGGGGCCGGUCUCCCGGUUCCAUUACGUCCGCUCGGUCGAGAGGCUAAUCCCUCAGAUGACGUCAGGAAUGGCGGACCAGGACAGCAGCGACGCGCCGCCGGAGCCGCAA